AUGAACAAUCCUCGUCCAUCAUAACUUCCAGCUCAGAAGGCAACACCAUCAUAAUUGCCUCCUACUGCUUAAUAAUAGGUUCCAGAAGCAUACUUGCCAUAACAAAACUGGGUUCCUGCAAGCUCUUAAAUUCAGCCAGGAGUUUACGGCUAACCAAUUCCACUUUAACAGACAGGAUUAAUUACAAAUCCCCAAUAUUUGUAAUAGCCAGUGUAUGCUUAAUAAGGAUUGGUGUAAUCAAGUGGACCAGUUGUCACUUAAGGGAAUGCAAUCAAGGGUGAAUCUAGGAUUGAAUAUGUUCCCUACACAAAAGAAGUGACAGAGUAUGUGAUGUAAGAGGUGGUCGAGUAUGUGCCAAGAGAGAGAAAAAUUACUGACUAUUAUGCAGUGGAAUACGUGACUGAACACAUUCCUUAAGUGAUCUAAGAGAAAUACAUUGAAUACGUACCAGUGGAGACAAUAAAGGAGAGAACAGAGUACCAGGCAGUGACAAAACAAAGUGUAAUAUAAGCACCAGUUGAUUAUUAAUAAAUCCAAACAACCCAAUAGUAUUAAGUAGCUGCCCCAAUUCAAUAUGCCUAGACCUACACCCAGCCAAUUCAAUAUGCUUAGACCACAGUGUAGCCAGUUCAAUAUGCCCAAGCCACCACCCAAUUCGUACCAACCACUUAGAGUCAAUACGUGACAGCUCCAGUGACAACCUCUUAAUAUGUCCCACAACCCUACUCCACAACCACCUAUGGAGCUCCAAUUACAACCUAUGGUUAAGUUCCCUAGAAUUAAGGCUAUUUACCAGCAACUGCAUAUGCCCAACCAGGAGUUGGAUAGGUUACUACAACAACAAAGUAGUACUCAACUGGAUGGUAAUAAGUCUACCCAGCAUCAACAGGAAAUGUUUAACCUUAAUUGCAAUAGUAACAACUAGGUUAAUUGCAAAAGCCAGGAUAGAGCCCAAAGUACGCAUGAUGAUAUUAUAAUAAGGAAUUAUU